AUGUCUACCGAUUGUCCUCAAGUAGUAUCGUUAUCCGAUAUACAAAAAUCAUCAGGAAAGUCUUCUCCUCCUAAGAGCAUUUGUCAACCGUUCACCCUUCGGUUGGUUUUGGGAGUCCCGAUUCUAAAGGAAGAAAGCAAAAUUUAUUCCGAUAUGGAGAAUAUGUUUGCACAUUAUGCACGAAGCGCUGAAUUUUCUGCUGCUAAUACUGCCUUGAAAACUGAUACUGAACUUUUCUGGAGCCACAUCCAAACUGGAUUGAACACCCUGGUGAAGUUGUUAGAGGAUGCUGUCCGUGAAACAACUUCAGCCAAAAGUGCAGAUCCGUUCUCUGUGGUUCUCCUAGAUUUCGCUUGGUUGAAUUCUCAACUCGGGCAUCAUUUGGCUCAUAUCUGCUCUGGAACAUCACACACCAGUCUAUUAGCUGUUAAUCCCCCCGGCAAACUUGCUAAAAUGUUGAACGCACAAACGAAGGUGGUAUGCAUAGCGAUUCGUCCAUUGAUGCACCCUAACACAAAUCGAAUGCCCCUACUUCGUGACUUCCUGCGAGCAUGCGCCAGCCUAUCAGGCAAAUCUCUUCCACCUGAUCCAGCGGCACCCACCAACACUUUAGUUGUCACGGGUAGCACUGAGGGAGCUAUCGAUGCACCCCCUGGAGCCCUCGGUUCGGCCCCCCAAUAUGUGCCCAUUCUGCCGAAACCCCCCGCCUCUACCAUGCUUGUUUCUCCACAUCCUGGGGUUGAUAUUACUGCUUCAUCUUCGGGAUAUGUGGUUGCUGCUAGUGCACCAUCUUCCAAUAUCCUCGCUAAUACGGUAAGCCAUUCCUAUUUUUUCCCUUUAGUUGUCGUUACGACCAGGGGUUUAGUUCGUUUAGAAGAAAAGAUGCAGAAAUUGGAAAUUGAGGGAAAUAAGCGUUGGCACAAACUUAUCGGUGCACCUCGCAGUUCCCUUCCACGACCACAACUACCACCAAAACCAGUCCCACGUCCAGCAGUUCGACACAUUCCAGCUGACGAUUGGCUGACGUAUAGGCUCGAUCACAGCAAGCUCUACAGAUGUGGUGGUGAUAUCUCAAAGGAGUUAGAAAAUCACAGCCUCUACAUCCAUGAUGUAGAGGACAUUUGGGCUCUGUAUCCACGCCACUUGACGGUAGCCUCAGCAGUCAAACCUGCUCCUCCUGAAAUGGGUGGUGGUAGUACCGGAGGAGGCCUGCGUAGGAAGGGGGGACCAAUGACUCCAUAUAGCAAGGGUCGCUCUUCUGGUGCACACCCACCCUCUUCCAAGCAGCGUCGAAGUCAUCACGUUUCCCCGCCUCCACAAUCAAUUGAUUACUUUGACGAGGACGAGGAGGGCGAAGACGACUAUGAAUUGGAGGAUGAUUACCCCGGAGGUCCUUCGUACCUCUCUCCUUCACCACCGCCACAAACUUCCUCUAGACAUAAUCGAUAUUCUGCUUCCUCAUCACGUCACAGGGGCGGAAAUGGAGCAUAUCAACGUAAACUUCCGCCGGAUCCGUCAUAUGGAAGUGGAAACAGAAGACGGCCUCGAAGGUCACCAAGGUGGUAA